CUACACCUGAAACUAAAGUGUCCCUUUCAAUGCAGGAAGUUUCUGAAGGAGUCUCAUCAGAAAGGGAGCUGAUAAUAGAAAGACUUAUAAAGGAUGAUUCCUGGGACUCCAGAUGGAUAAAAACCUGGGAAUGUGGAGGCAUGUUAGAAAGGCAGCAAGGAAAUCAGAAGAAAGAUUUAAGGCAAGUCAUAAUUAAGCACAAGAGAAAUCCUAUGGAGGAUUGUACUGAAAUCAGGGAAAGUUCAAACCCAGUUAAACAUCAGAAGAUUUACUCAGUGAAAAAGCCUUGGAAGUGCAGUGAGUGUGGCAAGUCCUUCAGCUACUACUCAGCUUUUAUCCUACAUCAGAGGAUUCACACAGGAGAGAAACCCUAUGUAUGUACUGAAUGUGGAAAGGCCUUCACCCGGAGCUCAUCUCUUAUCCAGCAUCAGAGAAUCCACACUGGAGAGAAACCUUACGAGUGUAAUGAAUGCGGGAAAGCUUUCAGUCACCGUUCAGCCCUUAUUCAGCAUCAUAUCAUUCAUACUGGAGAAAAGCCCUAUGAGUGCAAUGAAUGUGGGAAGGCCUUCAACCAAAGCACGUACCUCAUCCAGCACCAUAGAAUACACACUGGAGAGAAACCCUAUAAAUGUAAGGAGUGUGGGAAAGCUUUCAAUGACACCUCCUCCCUUAUUAAACAUCAGAGGGUCCAUACUGGAGAAAAACCCUAUGGGUGUAAAGAGUGUGGGAAGGCCUUUAGUGACAGGUCAGGCCUUACUCAACAUCAAAGAACUCACACAGGGGAGAAGCCCUAUGAAUGUAGUGAAUGUGGGAAGGCUUUCAGUUACUGUUCAGCUCUUAUUCAACAUCAAGGAACCCACACUGGGGAGAGACCUUACAAAUGUCAUGAAUGUGGGAAAGCCUUCAGUGACCGCUCAGCUCUCAUAAGACAUCAGAGAAUUCAUACUGGAGAGAAACCUUACAAGUGUAAAGAAUGUGAGAAAGCCUUCAGCCAGAGCUCAUCCCUGACGAAGCAUCUAAGAACUCACACUGGAGAGAAACCAUAUAAAUGCAAUGAUUGUGACAAAGCCUUUAGCCAGAGUUCUUCUCUUAUUCAACACCAGAAAAUUCAUGCAGGAGAAAAACACUACAAAUAUAAGAAAUGUGAGAAAACUUUCAGUGUGUGUUCAGCCUAUCAUCAACAUGGAGAAAUUCAUGAUGACUAGAAGGCAGUGAAUUGAUGAAGUAAUUAUGCACUAUCUCCUGAUUGUACAGACCUCCGAAUAUUGGUCUUCCCAAGUGGUGCCAGUGGUAAAGAAACUGCCUGCCAAUACAGGAGACAUAAGAGAUGGAGGUUCGAUUCUUG